AUAACGGCGGCAGGUGGCUGUGCCCGCAUCCUCGGCGCUCCCGGCGCUCCCGGCUCACCCGGCAUCGCCUCCUCGGCGGCGGGGCUUGGGAGAGCGGUAUAGCUUAGUAUUAUGGGUGAUACAGAAGAAGCUAAAAUGCAGAUAACGCCAGAAACUCCAGGACGAGUCACAAUCCUGAAUCCUUUUGAAAGUCCCAGCGAUUAUUACACUCUUCAGGAGCAGAUUGUUUCCAGUCCUUCAAUCUUUAAGUCAACGAAAUCCUCAUCUACACCAGGAAAAUUCAGAUGGUCUAUUGAUCAGCUUGCUCUAAUAAAUCCUGUGGAAAUAGACUCGGAAGACAUUCGACGCCAAGGAAUGUAUUUGAGCCGUGCUAGAAUUGAUAAGGAGACAGAAGACAGAAGGCAAAAAGCUAUUGAGGAGUUUUUCACAAAAAAACUCAUCGUUCCUUCUCCUUGGACUGAACAUGAAGGCAAACAAGUUUCUCAGUUUAAUUCAACUAAAUCCAUAGAUAUAGAUAACAUUUCCCCGAUUGGAAGACAGAUGAGCUUGCAGCCUGGGAAAAGCAAUGCUGCUUGUCAGACAGUACUGUCCUUGCCAGUGGAUUUUAAUUUAGAGAAAAUACUAGGUGAAUAUUUUAGAACUGAUGAAUUUGCAGAUCAGUCUCAGGAAAAUCUGAGCUCUUCAUCACUCAGAAGAAAGCUGUUUUUAGAAGAGAAUGGGAAUGUAUCUGCAUGUUUGUCCCCUUCUUUGCACAGUCCAUGUGGUAGUCAGCCACUUGGAGUGCUUUGUUCCAUAGAAUUAUCUCCAGCUCGGUGCAGAAGCCCCCUGGACACAUCUAGUUCAGGUCAGUUUUCAUCAAGUCCUAUUCAGGGAGGAGCAAGAGCCUAUAGUCUAGGAAGUAUAACCAGUCCCCCAUUUUCAGAGGGGUCUCCUGCACAUAUUGGUUCUCCUGCUUUUUCACCAAUUGCUUUUCACAUAAGAAAAACACCACUCUCAGACCAAAGAAAAUUUACAUUUCGUUCUCCAGAUAUUCCUUCUUCCUCAAGUAGGAUGACACCCCCAAGUACAAGAAGUCCUUACAUAGAUGGUUGUUCUCCAAUUAAAAAUUGCUCUCCUAUGAGACUUGGAGCCUGCAGAGGAACUGCCCAAUAUCAGACUUCUGUCAUUAGAAUACCAAUUGCUGUUGAGAAUCAUGAGGAUGAGGAGGACAAGGAAAACGCUUCUCCAGCAGAAGCUCGCUUCCCAGAAAUGGAUAAUGGAAUAAAGGUACAUCAGGAAGACAGUGAUACUUUUGGACACGGUACACAUCUCGUGGUGGCAACUGUGUCUAUUGCACCAGAUCACUCAGAAGGUUGUCAUCAAAGGUUGUCAUCAUUCCAGGACAUAGAAGGCUUAAAGGAAAAUAAUACUGUGGACAUGGCUGAUGCAGCUGAAGUGUCAGAGGAAAACACUUGGAUGAAAGAAACAACAGGCAGUAGCAAUACACCAAUGACCAGCUUUAUGACAGGCAUUACUUUCAGUAUUGAAAGCUCUCGCAUGUGCAUGUCACCUCUUGCAGAAAGCAGCGCAAUUCCUUGUGACAACAGUAGUAUUCAGGUGGACAGUGGUUACAAUACACAGACUUGUGGAAACAGCAUUAUGGAUACUGCAGGGGCUGAAAACAGUUGCAAAGAAAAUGAUGUGAACACUAUUGUGUUUCAGAAUAAAUCUCAGCUGCUUAGAACAAAGGAGUGUUCUGUUUUAAGCCAUAAGGACAAUCAGUUGCUGAGAACAAAAUCUCCAGAGAAGCAAUCCUGUUUUCAAAAAGCCAAAACACAUAGCACAGUAUUUGGUCAAAAUGCAACUUGCAGCAUUUCUGCUUGGAAUCAUAACAAUGAAAAUCAAGUUCGGGGAUUUCACAAAAGUGGUAUGUAGUUUUCUGAUGGAGAACUUAAUCUGUGGUUUCUAAUAAAUUUUAUACAUAUGACCUCAAUUACCUGGAUUAUAUAUACUAUUUUGCUUUUCUAAUGCAAAUGUAAUAAACUGUUUGAUAUAUAGUAAGGAAGUUUUUAAAUAAUGUGGGAUUUUUCAGGUCUUAUAUAGAAUUUAUUAGCGUCAUUAAGUGAUCCUUUUUGAAAAUUAAAGUGUCUAGAUUUGGUGCAGAGAAACAACAGGGUUUUUUUUCAGAAUUGUAUUCCUUCUGUGACUAGGGUGGAUUCCAUGAGCAGCCUAAGAUAACUUGCAUAGGAACCAGUAUAACUGCAAAAUCACUUACAUUUGAAGAUUUGUCCCUCCUAAAGGCACGAGGGACAUUCUUCUUUAUGGGAAAGAAAAGUGGAAGGGGUAUUGUUCUGGUUUUGGAUUGCUUUUCUCCAACCACAUAUAUUGUGUGGCUUCAUAAAUACUACCACUAGUACCAAGAGUAAGUCACUGGACAGACGUGAACUGCUGGGGUGUGAUGAGAGCAAAUGCCAAGUUUAGUUCUCUUAAAAAUAUAAAAUGAGCUUUAUGUCAAAAGAAGCUGUUUAGUAAUUCUCUAAACAGCUUUUUCCUUGGUUUGACAGAAAUCUGUGAUGUUAGUUGGGUUUAAGUAAAAUGUAUUAUUGAUUACCUUAAAAUUAAAAGCUAGUGUUGUGGCUUUGGUAAUUGUUUUAGUAUUAAACUUGAUCAGCUGACACUACCAGUGUCUCUGAAGAACAACUGUGUCCAAAUUGAUGCUCUGGUACUCUUUGGAAGGAACCUAAGAAGGUGCAAUAAGAUUCAUUGGUCUCAGAAUUAUCACUAAGAAAAUGAUGCAGCCUUUCUUAAUUCCUAGUAUUAUUAUGUUUCUUACAGAAAUUACCAAAAUUAUUAGAUAAAUCCUUAAAAAAUAAUUACCUUUUGCAUGCCAUUUAUUACCAAAAGUAUUAAUACAAGCAAACCUUUGAUCCUUUCAAGAAAACCAUCAGUUAAUUAAAAUGAUGGAUUGAAGGGAGGGGGGUUCAGAAGCCCAGAACUCCCUUUGUAUAUCAAAUCAGAUUUAGUUGAAUUUGCUUGUAUUUGUUUAAAAGAACCUUCUGGAAUUUAUAAAUGUGAAUAGUGGGAAAAAAAUCCAUAUGGUAAUCUUGUGGCCCUAGUGACCAAGAGGGAAAGAAGAGAUAAGGGAUACACUGAUAUUUCUGGGCUCUGUUUAUGUAGAGCUCUGGUAAACUUCAUUAGAUUAAUGUAAAUGAAGUCCAUUCUAACAAGUGUUCCAGGUGAAGCAGUCAUCAUCUCUUUUCAUGGCAAGGAUGUCCCAGGAUACUGGAUGGAAGUUGUGCUUUCUGUCCUAUUCCACAACCCACAGAAAAGCUUGUACCAAAGCGACAGACAGUGGCUGAUGAGCAGCUAUCGGCACACUAAGACUGAAACCUAUUGGCCAUAUUGGUCAGAUCUAAAUUGGAAGGAAAGACAGCAUUUAAAAAAAAAUCUCAAAAGGGGAGGUGUGAACAGAAUUGUCUUGGCAUUAAAAUCAAUCUCUUGGCAUUAAAAUCUGUGUGUUAGACCUGAGAGCUGUGUGUUGUUUGACUAGAACAGUUCUUGAAAUACUUCCAUUAAUAAUUUCCUAGUGAAGGCUUUCUGAAAAGUGCAUUUAAGAAAAAGGGAAACGCCUGUCCACAUUAUUUGAUUGUAGAUCUCACAUUGCAAAAAUAAAUAUAAAAAAGUUUACUUUAGAAAUCUAAUGAGCAAACAUGAUGUGUAUUAUUUUUACUUCUGUAAAAGUACAGAAGUAUUUAAUCCCUCUUUCUGUAAUGCAUAUGGGAUUGACAGUAAUGGAAUCUGGCGUCCUGUAUUAGCUGUUUCAUUGUCCUCACACAGUGCUCCACUAGAAGCUGGAAAUACACUGAAUUGGUAACUGUUAAGGAAUGAAUUUUGUUGAAAGUAGGAGAUGAACUCAGACUUCUGGAAAACAAAUUUUAUAGAACAGGGCCUUCAAAAUGUUCUUAGCUUCAGCUUCUGAGCUUUGUCACUCAAAAGCAGAUACAAUUUUGUCUGAGAUUUAAAAGUUUUGUAUGACCUUGUGUCAUUUCUGUUUCUCGUCAUAAUUUUAACAUCAAUUAAAAGGACUAUAGAAAGAAUUUAUUUUUUCAAUUGUGAUUACUAAAACAGUAAUGUAAAUUUAAUGAACAUUAAGCAGGGUAUCCCAAAUUAUGAUGUGUUUCUGAAUUUUUCUGGGUUACAUGUAUAAUUUAAGAUUAGGUUUUACUUUUUAACAAAGUUGUUAAAUUAUUUUCGCAAUAUGUUAAAUGAUUGGAGUCUUCUGAAGUAUUCACAAGUAAAAAAGCACUCCCUAAAGUAUUUAAUUUUAACCUGUAUUAGUAUUUUCUUAAAGCUAAGAAAAGAGUAAGAGUAGAAAUGGGUGAAUGUGAGAAGUGAUUAAGGAUGCUCCCGCCUGGAUUGCCUGUAUUUUUUGUCCUGUUUUGUAGUCUUCAGUUAGAUAGGAAAUAUUUAUUUUAUGGAAACAUGCCUAUUUUUUUAUUAUGUUUGUACAACUGAUUUGUAGAAGAAACCUGCUGUGCAAAUUACCAUGGAAAUCACUUGACCAUUCUGUUUCUGUAAUUGUUCUUAAUGCAUUGGUUGGCACACAUUGCACAAAACGGUCAUUGUUUACAUUAUAUUAAGUAGUUUUAAUGAGAGUCCUUUAACAUGUCUAAUUGUAAAUUGAGUAGUGAAACAAAAUAAAGACAUUUUUUUAAUA